AUGUGGGAGUGCAGCCCCACCUCCGCUACCUACUUGGUCGCUGUUGAACUAUCUUCGGGCAGACCCGCACUACUACCAGUAUCAGUUUUACGAAUCGGUAUUGGAGGCUGCGAUUUACGAGUACUGGAGUGGCUGCUGGAGCAUUUCUCGGGCUGUGAAGUGCCGGUGUGGGUGGUGGAAAAGGCAACGGAGCAAGGUCGAAUGGACAUCUUACGCUUACUAGUGGAGCACGACGCUGGCCGUCGAGGCAAGGAGGCUUCAAGUCGUGCCGAGCAUGGCGAGAAUGACGAGGGCAACGUGGCGCAGUGGGGAGGCAGCAGCCUGGUAACCGCAGCGCAAAUGAAGCGGUUUGACAUCGUCCGGUUCCUCUACGAGAACACUCCCCGAGACAUGUAUGAAGAGUCAUUGGAUAUGACAAUCCCAUUCGUCCUGGAUGCUGGAGAGAUGAACCUCGCGCAGGAGGUUUUGCCCCCUGGUACAUCUGCUGCGGACUACGGCGAUAUAUCUAGUAACCCAUCUGUGGUCGAGCUCGCGUUUGACGCUGGUCUACUGGAUGAGGACUUCCUGGAUGGCCCCCACUACGCAGAAGUAACGGCAAGACGUGGGGGUACAGUCCAAGUGACCAUUCUACCCCGCUCGGACGAUGAGGAGAGCACCUCGGCCACAAUCACGCGUGCCGUGGCCGCGGCGAGAUCAGUUCCAAGGUCGGAGCUCAGCACAGGCCAACCCAGAGUGAAACUUUUCCUCCCAGUCUGCUACCGCGUUGGCGACGUGUUCAGGCACGGUCAAAUUACGGCCUACAACAGCACCGUGUACGUUGUAAGCACGGAGGGAGAAACCCAUGAAGUCCCGUUCAGCGCCCCCACCGAGAUUGCUCCAGCUGUGGCCGUACUACUGUGGAAUGCGGCCUUGCUUGAGGACGUUGCUUCGAUGUCCGAUCUCGAAGCGGCCCACGCGCUAAUUCUGGACCGCCUACUCGGACAGAACGGCAAACGGGCCACCAAAGCCAUUUCCAGAUUGUUAGCAGGAAUCGCCACUCGCCAAUCCAUGCCCAGACCAUCGGCCAUGAUGCCGUGGGUAUGUCCCAGAACGGGUCACGAGCUUCUAGUCAGCGUCGUCGACGUCCUCAACUUUGCCUUCUACGUAGACGGCGGGCGGGCCAUACCCGCUAACGUCCGCGUCGGAGCAACGUUCCUCGACGGCCCUGCCACCCGCCCUGCGCAGGGGUCGCGAAGGCCAAGAAGCGAACGCCAGGUCAGCGUAACCGCAAACCAUGAGGACCCGAUGCCCCCAGCCACUACUCGACAGGAACGACCACGACGAACUCGCCGGACUAUCUCCACGGCAGCCGUCCGCGCCGAAAACCCAACUGUGGUCGAUGCGCCCUCUUCUGGCGAAGAAGAGUCGAGCAACGAAGGCGCUGCGGCAACGCAAUUUGCAGAUCUACUGGACGCGCUUAGUAGCGAUCAUCCCGCGCCAAAACGCCGACGCACAGUGCGCACUGAGCAGGCGCCCCCGACACCCGUAGGCCACGUAACCACAGCCCAAGGUGAUUCGCGCGCUGAACCCGCUACCGCCGACCCGGUGCAAGCGAUAUUGCACGCGUUAGCUCCGUACCCGUCGGUACUGGCAGCUUACGCCCAACAACUGCAACGAUUAUCGGCACCAGCGACAUCUCCAAGUCAAGUGACAGGAAUUAACCCGCCUCCAAUAUCGCAAGCAGUUCGACUUUCAACUUCCCCGUCAGACCUGAUCCCAGUGAACGAACCAAGUGAUCGACGACAGCAGAAUUUUCGUCCAUCUCGUGCCCAACAAGAAGUACACGACGCCAUCUCAGCACCAGCAUAUAUAGGUAAGGACGGAGACGUUUACAUGGACCAUGUACGGACCUCAACGGCAACCAGGUUUCUGGCUCAUCCGGCUGUCGCUUCCCGACUGUUCGACAUCGAGUUCAGCGCGUGCGACUUAUCCAUCCUGCAUUUCCCACGGUUUGCCCUCGACAGCCCACUCAACCGAUCAAAGGCUAAGGCGGUCAACACGCGCAAUUUCUCCAGCAAAGUGGCGUUGCCCGAAUUACCUGAUAAACCCAUAUUUUUCAACGAGGAGACAAGAGACGUCUUCGCGGCCGCUAAAGAUUUCGGGGAACAACUGGAGGAUUUUGCCCCGUGGAGCUCGUCCGAAGUCCACAUUCUCGCGUUCUGGUUCUCCAACAUCAUCGGAGCAUAUCGCCUUGCGGUUGUUGAAGACAUGCGAUCGGGGCGCGCCAUUCGGUCCGUUUCCGAUUCACGAUGCAAGACCCCGAGCUGGCCGGAUUACUGUUCAAGGCCUCACGUGCACGCGCGAACCAAGCGUCCGGGACAAAUGGUCCAUCACCUACCCGGGACAGCACCCGAGCGGUUCACAAAGGAGGAAACGACGCUGUGGCUCGGCAAGGAGUUAAGCGUAGGGACCGUAAGGUACCUCAGGAAAUCUAGGCCCAAGUUCCAAAGGAAGACGGACGCCAGCUCUGCCUCCGGGGUGGGAUCGCGGUCUGUGGUAUCAAGAGUAAUCGAGCUCCUAGAACAGCGCCUACAAGCGUCAGAGAAAACGCGCAAGCAAUCGCUAUUCGCAGCCUUUGAAGCAGCAGACGUCGAACCACCACACGGCAUACCAGCGGCGAAUGACACCGGGCCACGACCAACGUUCUCGCUCGAUCACGACAUGGUACGAACCAUUUCGCUUCUCGUGACGCGCACGAUUAUGACCCUCGCUGAAACGAUUCGUCUCUGGCGAGGCCAGUCCGCGUCAUCGCCCACACCAAAUAAAGCGCUGGUCCACGAUCACUUCCCGUGGCUACUUCACGAGUACGAGCACGUCAACCUGUUCAUACGUACAGCCACACAGGACGAUCACGUGUUGGUGGAGUACGAGACCCAUGAUCGCCUCCAAGCCUGUGACAGCGCGCUUCGGCUAGCCAUGACGGCGGUGCUAGGCCCAAGAGCUAUCAACAACAAGAAGUUCACCGAGUGGUCGACGAACGUAGUGGCCCUGGGUCUGGAAUGGGACUCCGUCGCUAUGACGGUAUCAAUGCCCGUAUCCAAACUUCAAAAAGCUCUGGGGAGAGUCGAAGCUGUUCUAGUCUCAUCUCAGACGACGCGGACUGCGCUAGCGAAGCUACUGGGAAGUCUACGGCAUGUCUGCUCCUGCAUCCGCCCGGCUAAACCGUUCAUCCAACAGUUAGUGGCACUAUGGAAACGCUCACCAAGGGUACGACCGAUUAGCCUCACUCUAGAAGCACGUCUCGAUCUCGCCUGGUUCGCCCAUAUUCUUCGAUUUGGACGUCUACGCGGGGUACCUCUCGAGUAUUUUUGUGGAUUACCUGCUCCGGCGGUACACUUGUACAUGGAUGCUAGCGAUAGCGGACUGUGCGUUCUGAAUCCCGUACGACACGAAUUCAUCCGCCUACAAUUUGACCCCGUCGAGCAAGACCUCAUCAAGCAACGUCGGCUGAGUAUAAACGUCAAAGUGCCCGACAGCAUGAGGAAGGCUUACGACGGCAGCUGUACGCCCUUCAACAACGCUCCCUUGCCGAUACGUCCCGACGACAAUACGACUCGACAUGGAAGCAAUGGGUCUCCUUCAGUCGGCGCAUCGGACGGUCUCCCUGGCUACCAUACCAGAGCACGAUCAAGUCGCGCAGUCUCUCCAACUGGCAAUCCUGCGGUCAACUUCGAUGACGCGGUUCAUGCGGUAAUAACACUCCGCGGAAGCAAGACCGAUCAGCGAGGCGAAGGAUCGGCACGCUACUUAUCACGAUCCGGACAUGGCAGGCCCGUCGACACCAUCUAA